AUGCAUGCUGAUCAUAGGAGCAACUUAUUAUAUCGUUUUGGUAGAUAUGGAGAACAAGAGUUUCAAACAUGGCCUGAGCGAUCGAGAAGAGCUUUAGGAGAGAAAAAUGAAUGGUCGAUGGGGUUGAAGAAGGAGGUGGAUGAGGUUGGAGAAGACCGUUUUAUUUACGAGGUGAAAACCAAACCCUAA